CUCUCUCUCUCUCUCUCUCUCUCCGUCUCAGUAGGAAACAUGGCGGCCGUCAGCAAGUACCUGACAGUGAAGAACUCCGCUGGAGCUGGCGGUAUCCUACUCGUUUUAUACUUCCUUCAGCAGAGACGAAGAUCCGCUGGACUGAACAGGAAGAAGGGUUCUUCAAAUGAUCUGAACAGUGAGAAAGUUGGCAAGAAAGAGAGAGCUGCUGUGGACAAGCUCUUUUUUAUCCGGAUCUCACGGAUCCUCAGGGUUAUGGUGCCGAGAUUCUUCAGCAAAGAGACAUGGUACCUGUUCCUGAUUGCAGUAAUGCUUGUGACUCGGACCUAUUGUGACGUCUGGAUGAUUCAGAAUGGCACUAUGAUUGAAAGUGCAAUCAUUGGUCGGUCCACUAAAGGUUUCAAGAAGUACUUAUUCAACUUUAUCACGGCCAUGCCAGUCAUCGCCCUGGUGAACAACUUCCUGAAGUUGGGCCUGAAUGAACUGAAGCUGUGCUUUCGCGUGAGGCUUACCAAACAUCUCUACGAUGAGUACCUUAAGGGAUAUACAUACUACAAAAUGGGAAACCUGGAUAACCGCAUUGCUAAUGCAGAUCAGCUGCUGACACAGGAUGUGGAAAAGUUCUGUAACAGUGUGGUGGAUCUUUACUCCAACCUCAGCAAGCCCCUGUUGGAUAUCGGUUUAUACAUUUUCAAAUUGACAACAGCAAUCGGUGCUCAGGGUCCUGCAACUAUGAUGGCCUACCUGCUGAUCUCCGGCCUCUUCCUGACCCGUCUACGUAGACCUAUCGGUAAGAUGACAGUGAGCGAACAGAAGUACGAAGGAGAAUACCGAUACGUCAACUCUCGACUCAUCACAAACAGUGAAGAGAUCGCCUUCUACAAUGGAAAUGUAAGGGAGAAACAGACAAUUCAUUCAACCUUCAGGAAACUGGUCGAUCAUCUGCACAAUUUCAUCUUCUUCCGUUUCUCCAUGGGAAUGGUGGAUAGUGUUAUUGCCAAGUAUUUCGCUACCGUUGUUGGGUAUUUAGUCGUCAGUCGUCCUUUCCUUGAUUUAUCUCAUCCUCGACAUCUGACCAGCUCACACGCUGAACUGCUGGAGGACUACUACCAGAGCGGCCGUAUGCUGCUGCGUAUGUCACAGGCGUUGGGCAGAAUAGUCCUUGCAGGCAGAGAAAUGACGCGACUGUCAGGCUUCACCACUCGCAUCACUGAGCUCAUGAAGGUCCUGAAAGAGCUGAAUUCUGGGAAAUACGAACGCACCAUGGUGUCUCAGUCAGAGAAGGAUGGUUCAGAAAAGCUCACACUGAUACCUGGAAGUGGAAGAAUCAUCAAUGUAGACAAUAUCAUCAAGUUCGAUCACACGCCCCUGGCUACACCUAAUGGAGACAUUCUGAUCAGAGAUCUGUGUUUUGAGGUGAAAUCCGGAGCCAAUGUUUUGGUGUGUGGUCCCAACGGGUGCGGAAAGAGUUCACUUUUCCGGGUUCUUGGAGAGUUGUGGCCACUGUUUGGUGGGAGUUUGACGAAACCAGAGAGGGGGAAGCUCUUCUAUGUCCCUCAGAGGCCUUACAUGACCCUCGGCUCAUUGAGGGAUCAGGUGAUCUACCCAGACACCCAUGAGGACCAAAGGAAGAAAGGCAUUUCUGACCAGGUGCUGAAGGAAUACCUGGAUAAUGUCCAGUUAGGACACAUUUUGGAGAGAGAGGGGUCAUGGGACAUGGUUCAGGACUGGAUGGAUGUGCUCAGUGGAGGAGAGAAACAGAGAAUGGCGAUGGCCAGGCUCUUCUACCACAAGCCCCAGUUUGCCAUCCUGGAUGAGUGCACCAGUGCCGUGAGCGUAGAUGUGGAGGAUUACAUCUACAGUCACUGCAGAAAGGUUGGCAUCACCCUGUUCACAGUCUCUCACAGAAAGUCCUUGUGGAAGCAUCAUGAGUACUACCUCCAUAUGGACGGCAGAGGAAAUUAUGAAUUCAAACUCAUCACCCCUGAAACUGUGGAGUUCGGCUCUUAGAGGAAAAACAACAGCACUAUACUAUCAGCGGCCCUAAUGAGGGGCCUUAACUGUUCACUUCUUAAAGGGACAGUUCACCCAAAAAUUACAUUUCUGUCAUAAUUUACUUUCUUCUGUUGAAACCAAAAUAAGUUAGCUAUUGACGGCAGCCACUGACUUCUUCCAUGGUAUUUUUCCAUACUAUGGAAGUCAGUGGAGACCAUCAACAUUCUUUAAAAUUAUCUUUAGAAUAACUUAAGGGUAAGUAAAUGAGUAACAUUUUCAUUUUUGGGUGAACUGUCCCUUUAAGGAGUCUCCUGCCAACCUAAUCUAGGAGUUUGUUUUUAAUAGUCAUAACCUUUUUAGGAUGAAAAUGUGUUUAGAGAUUUAUUAACACUACUUUUGUCCUCAGUGAUUGUAUAUAAUUUUGUAAUUUAAGCAGUCCAAUUUAUAGGACAUCCGUUAAGCACGCGUGAGAGUGUAUACCAAGGAAAUACGUCUUGUGUCUGUGCACUAAUUUGUUUAACAAAUGAAAUUUGUCUGUAUAGGCUGAGCUGAACCGAGCAUUAGAUACACGAUAAUGAUCUAAUAUUGCCUUUUUCUCAUCAGCUAAGCCUGUGUUUAAGCUAUUAAGUGGCCUUUCGUGCUCACUGCAGCAUGGAUGGGUGGUCUGUAUGUGUGCGAGUUGUUUUUUGGUGCACUUUACCUGGUGUGGUGAUUUGGAAAACCAGGAAGCCUUGUACAACCGUUACGUGUCUAAUCAAUGAGAAGUUGCCUAUGCACUUGUUUACUCCAGCACUGUUGGCAUUUCUUGAUGUGGAAGGAAUCAGGAACGGUUGUUGUGUGUAAGAACUGUAAGAGACGUUGUUGUAGCGCUUCACACAUUGAGCAAAUGAACCACUUGCUGUAUGUUUUCAUUAAAAAAAGGAGAUAUUGAUACUA